AUGGGGCCCCCGGGCAAUAGGGGAUCAUGGGGCCCCUGUGUCCUUGCCCACACUCAAAGCACACCCAAAAAAGCCUCUAAAAGGUACCAGGGGGAUUUCAUGGGGCCCCCUACUGACCCCGGGCCCUCAGGCAAUGCCCGAGUGUUCAAACGGUCAGUCCGCCCCUGGUAUGAUGCAUGCAUAUUCUUAGCCCCCAAGGGCGGACUGACAACUCAUGGGGCCCCCGGGCAAUAGGGGAUCAUGGGGCCCCUGUGUCCUUGCCCAAACCAAAAAAAGCCUAUGAAAAAGGUACCAGGGGCAUCUCAAGGGGCCCCCUACUGACCCCGGGCCCUCAGGCAGUGCCCGAGUUUCCAAAUGGUCAGUCCGCCCGUG